AUAGGAGAGAGCCACACAACUCAAGAGAGCAAGGAAAGACAAACUGCCCGCAGGGUUAUUUUCCAGUGCGUAGGGUUUCUUGUCUGAUUCAUAUCUCAAGCUACACUCGUCCAAAUAAGGUGUGUGUGGUGUCUACAGAAAUAUAUCAAGAUAAGGAAUCCGUGGAGGUUCUGUUUGCAAAAAAAGGGUAGUGGAAGGCUUCCAAAUCAUCGAAGGCAGAAGCUACCUCGCAGAAACGGAUUUGUUUCUUUAAAGUAUCCCGGUUUCCAAGAUGAACGUCAGGGGGCUUGCUGAUUUGAAGAAGAAGUCCUCCAAAAUUCCGAAGGGGGCGGAUGCGGGCACUCAGAAGCCCGCUAGUGACUUUUUCAAGAAGUCCGAGGGCACAUCGACGGUCCCCACUGCUGAUGCCGCCGCCGCCGUGAAGAGGAAGGCCGCGGGCAAGGCUCCCGAGGGGAAGAAGCCCAAAAAGGGAGAUACCAGGAAGAAGGAUCCUCCUGUGGUGAUCGUAGAUGAGCGCUCCGCCUCCGGGACGCAUGUGGAAAUGCCGGUGGCUGAAAUGCCGAUGGGUGUUGGGGA